CCGGUUUACCUGGACUGUGUCAUUCGAAAUCCGAGAAAACGAGAAGUCCUGAAGAGGUUGGCUAUGGGUUCAAACAGAUAAUUUUUUCGACUACGUGGAAGGAAGCGGCCGACGAAUCUAGCCCACGGUGAACGCAACUGCCCGGGAUUCGAACGCAGCCUGUAUUUGUUAAUCUCAGUCUGUUGUUAACUCCAUUUCCUCGCCAUACUCAAAAAAUGGAUUCUGGUGGUAAUUACGCCGGCUUCGUGUACGCUCUCUCUGCGGGGUUUCUGGCUGCCGCUGGUUCCCUAUCUGCAAAACUAAGCCUCGGUGCAGACCACCUAAGGGAAUUGUGUGAGUCAGGGCUUAGCGGCUGGGCGGACAGUGGCGAUGGACCCUCAGCGUGUGUCUCGCUCCACGUUCCCCUCCGUCUGCUAUGUGGAGUUCUGCUGCUCACCUGUAACACUGUAAUGUGGACCAUGUUCUCCAAGGCUCUCCGUUACUGCUCCUCUUCAGCGGGAGCCACUGUCACCACCACCGCCUCCAACUUUAUCUUCUCGGCGAUCCUUGGGAGGCUCAUCUUUUAUGAGACUCACAGCGGCCUCUGGUGGACGGGCAUCUCUAUGACUCUAUGUGGACUGCUGUUGCUCCAUGCUGCAACACCUCACACAAACUUGCAAGAAACCAAAAAACAGAAGUGAUAGAUCAGGGACAGACUUUUCCUCAAAUAAUUUUUUCAUUUUCUUUGUUGCUUAUGUUUUUCAUUUGUAAGUAUCUGUAAAUAUGGACAAUUUAAAAUGAAAUACAAGUCACACAAUAAAACAAUACACUACAAGUUGUGGGGUUUUAAGUAGUUUUACUUGUUUCUAUUAGAGAUUAGCAGAUCUCACCUUAGGCAUAGGAAACCGUAGUAAGAGGUUCAUCCAGUAAGCGAUAGGUUGCUGAUUCUGUCCGUCUCUGUUGUGUCCUUGGGCAAGACACCUCACCUGCCUUGGCUGCUUUUGGUGGUCAGGCGGGGCUGUCUUCCAUGGCAGCCUCACUUUUGCCAGUUUGCUCUAUGCUGCUGUUGCUGUGUAGUUUACCACCAUCAGCAUAUAAAUAAUUAAAUCUAGUGUGAAGCUGUAUUGGGUCCUUGAACUUGAUAAAGCGCUACAUACAUAAGGCCAUUCUAAUAAUUUUAUACAGAAGUAUCUUGUUGGGAUACAAGUUCUAAACACUAUAGUAAUUAAAAGGUAUAACAAUUUCCGAAGUUGAGAGCACCACGGGAACCAGCGGAGUUCCAAAGCUAACGGCAGCCAGGGAUAACCGCAGCCCAUCUGUAGCAGCCCUCAGAAAUUACAUUAUUAAAACCUAGUGUUCAAAGCAAUGAAAUUCAAUGUCUAAACCUAAAAUACAGUUUUGUUAAAUAACUUUUCAAACUAUAGAAUUUCAUUUCAAAAUAUGUAAAUUUAGAUUCUGUUUUACCAAUUGAAGUUCAGUUUCUAAAGGCACGUCGUUCUGUUUGUAAAUGGUAUAAAAUAUAGAUUUAAUUUUGGGAACUACAUCUUUUAGAAAAAAAAAAUUCUCUUUGAGUCAUCCAUUUUAAGGUCUAUUAAGUAUUAGACUUAUACCCAGUUUUCAUUUUGAGUUAGGUCUGGGUCUGUCCUACCACGGUGUGACUAGAUUUAAGACCUGAAACUGCAACUUUUAACAAUUACUUUGUGAAAGCUUGUUUUAACAUUGUUUUGUCUUUGUUAAUUUUUUGCAUCCAACUGUGUAUUUUCUUUCUUCUGCAGGGCAGAUCCUUCCAGUCCAGUGAAAACUCAAUGGAAGGUAUUUUGACUUCUCCAGCAGAACUCGUCACUUUGAUGCCAUGAACCUGAUUUGUCUGAGAUCUUCAACUUAGUCCAGACUCUGUGACUUAUUACUGCUGUUCUAUGAGGAGCAAGUGACUACUUUUCAUGUAUUAGUUCAACCAUUAUUAGUUGUAUGCUACAUUGUCAAGUUUUUUAUAGUGAUUUGUGAUCGUGCAGACAAUAUGAUCUGUAAUAUCUUUAUUCCUAGAUGUUAUUUAUAAUUGUCUUAAUAAUUUUCAAUGAUAAUCGGUGCCUUGAUUAAAUUUGUGCAUCUUUAAGUCUCCUAUGUAAAAUGUAAGUUUCACAUGUAUUGUACUGUAUUUUAUUUUAUCCGGUAAAAUACCGGCAGCUGUGGUUGCCGGGAAUUUACCGUAAAAUUUAACU